UUGAUUCAGUAAAUAUUAGAAUGCGAUAAGAUCCAUUAGCGUUCUCAACGUAGGUUGAAAUGAUAUUGUAAUGUUAAUUAAAUUUCAGUCUUAUUUCUUAAGUGCUUUAGUUUUGUGCGCGAUCCAUAUAUUAAUAAUUUGGAGAUUUCAACAGAUAUUAAUUCUACAUUUAAUAGUGAAAUAAUUAUGCCCAGAACUAAUAUAAUAAUUUUUACAAUACGCUGAGCUACCAAUAUUGAAAAGAUUCUCGGAAUCUCCUGCAAAGAAGAAGAAUAAGCGCGAAAUCAAUCGAUCGUGUGUCUUCAUAACCCAAAGAGAGAGAGAGAGAAGAGAGGAGAAACGGGAAUAUUCAAAAAUCGUGCGUUGAAUGAGUUGAUUCAAGAAGACGUCGCACUGGAGAAGGGAUACUCUGCUGGAAAUGAAGAGAUAGAAAUAUUUUUUUAAAAUAUUUUUUUACCUCUGUGACAGAAAGAGAUAAAGGGGAACUUCAAACCUGGAGGAAGCCGCAGGCGGUACAAGAAGAACUCGCAUACACCACAUUAUUAUCAUCAUCAUCAUCAUAUCUAUUGUCGAAGAGCGCGUAUAUGGAGUAGUGGAAGAAAAUGGCGCAUGCUCUUCGUCCUGAACGCACAUAAGCGCGCCUGUGGAAAAGCACACGAUUUCCAGGUUGACUCGGUAAAAUCCAUAACGCUGAAGGAGUCGUCCUGCGAUCCACACAAACCGCGUGGUGCCAGUUUCAACUCAGCAGGUGGCCAGCUCACAUCACAAAACAACAAUGAUGAUAAAACACUCCGCCGCGCCGGAGGUGGACCCACGUGCCUCAAGCAAACAAACGAAAUUUUUUCUUUUUCCCUCACCCAAUUUCACAAAUAAUGGAUUAUUAAUUUAGAAAAAAAAACGAGACAACAAAAAAAAUUUAAUUAACUUCCAAUUGAAAUUAAUUGGAGAAAAUGAAGAUAAAUUCAGACCGAGGACUUGAAUUGAGAGAAGAGGGAAUUUAAUAAUUUGUUAUACUAUUUUCAAGAGAGUCGUUUAUAGUGAGCAACACGUGGUUACGGGAGUAUACAGAAAAUUCGAAAACGAUUUUAAAGAUCCUUGUUUCGUUCUCCCGUCAGUGGUGAAUUCAUUUUCCUUAACAAAUAAAUUGAGCCGAAGGAGCGUCUUGAAUAACAAAUAGUGUGUGGAAAUUUAUCUCUUUUUGGUGAAGAAAAAGAACCUCUUGAGGAAAUAAAAAAAAACUUUUUCAAAUGGAUAGUGUUUCGCUAAAUAAAACGAACCCUUUGGAGGGGAAUUAUGUAUUGGAUGUUUUAAAUUAUAUAAAUGAAUUAAAUGAUUCACGAUUGAGUCAGGAAUUUGAGUGCAGAACGAGGGAACUUACGGGAAAUAAACCGGAUAAAGGAUGUGAUAUUAAUUGGGAUUCUCUUCUAUGUUGGCCGUACACACCACCUGGAACCAUUUCCAAAUUACCCUGUUUUGCAGAAUUACAUGGCAUCAAAUACGACAUAACUCAGAAUGCAAGUAGAUGGUGUUGGCCAAAUGGUACUUGGGACAGCUAUUCAAAUUAUUCCCAGUGCCACGAUGUUCGAGUCCCCCCAGUGGAAUCCGGAGUGGAAAUUACGACUAUGAUUUACAUUAUUGGCUAUAGUCUCUCACUAAUUUCUCUGAUUGUUGCUGUAUCUAUAUUUUUAUACUACAAAGAACUUAGGUGUCUUAGGAACAAUAUUCAUACUCAUCUGAUGUUGACAUACAUAUUAGCAGAUUUUACGUGGAUCUUAACAACUGUACUGCAGAUCUCAGUGCAAACGGAUGUUUCCACCUGUAUUGCUUUCUUCUCUCUUCUUCAUUAUUUUCAACUGACCAAUUUUUUCUGGAUGUUUGUGGAAGGAUUGUACCUGUACCUGUUAGUAGUUCAAACAUUUACUGGAGACAAUAUCAAAUUAAGGCUUUGUCUUGUGAUUGGCUGGGGUGUGCCAAUUCUUGUAACGGCCGUUUGGGCUAUCGCCAAGUCUCUAGGACCGAGUCUUGGAACUCAGGGUAAUCAGGACGUUGUUUUAUGGAGGCAUUGUCCCUGGAUGAUACCGCACCCUUACGACUGGUUUUACCAAGCCCCUGCUAUUGGCGUACUUUGCGUAAACGUCAUUUUUCUUUUUAUGAUAAUGUGGGUUUUAAUAACGAAACUAAGGUCUGCAAAUAAUGUGGAAACGCAGCAAUAUCGCAAGGCUAGUAAAGCUCUUUUGGUGCUAAUACCGCUUCUUGGUGUAACUUAUGUUCUGGUGCUGGCAGGUCCGGAGGAAGGACAUGUUGCUAAUAUCUUCACAUUCGCAAGAGCUUUUCUUUUAUCUUCUCAGGGUUUGUCAGUGGCGUUAUUUUAUUGCUUUCUCAAUACUGAAGUGCAGAAUACUGUUCGACAUCAUUUUGCCAGAUGGAGUACUGCUCGCAACCUCGGAACAGAUCGAAGGUAUUACAAUAACUGGUCACCCCGUUCGAGAACUGAAAGUAUAAGGCUGUAUUGUCAGCCAACAGAUCCGUAUAGAAAAAGGGAAUCGACAGUGAGCGAAACGACAACGACUACAGUAAUUGGAACAAAUUCAACGACUGCAUUUCUCGAUAAGUCCAGCAAAAUCAUCACUGAGGAGUAAAGUUUUCAUUCCUUUUUUUUGUACACACACAUAAUUAAUGUAUGAGAAUAUAUAUACAUAUUCAAAGCCCUGCUUCGAAAUUAUUAUUCUGAAGACUCACACAUUUAUUACCUCCUACCCCCCCCCCCCCAAAUAAAGGGCUCAGGCGACAACAUAUCUCGAUGUCAUUGACGUUUAUCGAACCAUCUUUAUUAUUGAAAAAAGCAAAUCACAAUAUUUAAAGUGGGUCAAAAAAAGUAAAAAUUAACAUUUUCUUAAUCUUAAUCCCUUAAAUAUUUGAGACGCAUGAAUGUUCUAAAAAUCAAUUUUUAGAAUUUUCUUUUAAUAGAAUUUCAUUGAAUAUAAUUUUCAUUGAGCAGAAUUUUAUUUAUUUGAAUUAUUAUUUUGUAUGAUUUUCAUUAAAUUGGUUUUUUUAUAUUAGAGAAUUUAUACUUAACCGAAAAAUCAUUUAAAAUUAUUUUGUAAUUGGUAGAAUUUUUCAUUUGUCCGAAAUUGCAAAUGACCGAACAAUCGACAAAAAAUUUUAGGCGUGAAUUUUAAAAUUAAGCAAUCAAAAAUUAUUCAUAAAAUUGUGAUUGGUUACUUUUAAAAAUCGCGCCGAAAUCUUUCUGUCGAUUGAUUGUUCGGUCAUUUGCAAUUUCGGACAAAUGAAAAUUCUAUCAAUUAAAAAUUCAGUUAAAUGAUUUUUCAGUUUGAUAUAAAUUCUGUGAUAUGAAACAUCGGUUAUAUGGAAAUUCUAUCAAAUGACAAUUCGAAAAAAUGAAAAUUCAUCUAAAAGAAAAUUCUAUGCAAUUAAAUUCUACCUAAUAAAAAUUCAUUUAAAUGGCUAUUAUGUUAAAUAAAAAUUCUGUGAAGAAAAUUUUCGGUUAUAUAAAAAUUCUGUACUAUAGAAAAUCAGUUUAAUGAAAAUUCUGCAAAAUAAUAAAUCAAAAAAAUAAAAUUCCUUUUAAUGAAAAUUCUAACAAUUGACUUUUAGAACUUAUUCAUGUAUCCCAAAAAUUUGUUUUGUCAAAAAAAAUAUAAGGUACGUAUUUUUUGAAAAUUAAUGUUAAAAAAUAUGAAAACGUAUUUUUUUUAAUCAGUAUUAAUCCAUGCCGUAGAAUCAGCGAAAAUUAAUAUUGAAUUUCGUAUUUUUUUCUGGAAUUUUUUUCCUUUUCUAUAAAAAAAAUUAAUUUAUUUCAUAAUUAAAGCAAAAAUUUUCAUUCUUUGAAAAUUUUUUU